CGAUAAGCACUUUGCUUGAGCGGUUCUACCAAUCGAGGAAGAGGGUGAGAGGGGGUUAGGCGGAGUGCGAAAGGCGACAGGGGAUGACACCAGAAUAUUUUUUUGAUAGUCCACGGCAUGUCCAGCUAACAGGUUAUCCUUUUUCCCCUCGAAGCUUGAUCUCAUGCUAGUGAUGUAUUAUUAGCUAAGCUAUAAGCUUACAUGCAAACAAGUGAUUUGACUUUAUUUCGGUUAUUCUCUCUUUCGCUUCAGGACAACAUCGAGAGCACUUCGAACCCAGAGAUCAAGCUUUCGCCGCUGUCUACAGUAGUAGUAAUGUCACCGUAUAGAUUUUAUUUUGGUUACACACGUUUGUUCUGACUGAUCAUUAUUUUGUGUAGCUUUCUCCCCUCUACCUGGUAAUUCGCCACCACCGGUAGCUGCUUGUCUUCUAACCCGUUGCUAUCCCGCUUGAUCCUUUGCGGUGAUCCGCUAGUUGAGCCCAAGGAUUGUCACCUCAGCCCUUCAACCCCCGCCGCCGUCGACCAGUCGAUCGUCCACGGCGCAAUAACGACGAAACUUCCUCGAAUUCUGCAACCUUGCUGGCGGUAGGGAACUCUAUCCGACUGGAUUUAGCCGUCGCACGCCGGUAGGCUCGGCCUCUAAAUCCCCCUCAUUCAGUCAACCCAGCUCCAGCGAACUUGAAAAUCCCCCAACUCGCGAAUAUUUAUCCCAAAUUUCCCGUCUUCAUUGCUAGCCAGCUACCUCGAGAACUUUUUUUAUUUUCUAUAAUUACGAACGAAAAUUAAUCAGAGACGAUGAAUCAACUACACCAUGGACCGUUGUCAACAUUAGAAGAUUUGGUCGCCAGCGAAUCGGCACGCGUGUCGGCUGGUAUCGGAAGCGUAGCGGCCCAGCGCCCCAUCGACAGUGCCCCUCAGUCACGCAGCAGCCACCAUGUACACUCGCCAACGAUAGACCACAACCAAGACAAACCAGGUGUGAAGGGUGGUCACGACGAUGGCGACGAUUCGGACAACGACCAGGACAACGGCAAGAAGAAGCGUACUCGUCGACAACGCACACAUUUCACCAGCCAGCAACUGCAGGAACUCGAAGCGAACUUUUCCCGUAACCGCUACCCCGACCUCUCGACGAGGGAGGAGAUCUGUGCGUGGUGUAACUUGACAGAGACUCGAGUUAGGGUCUGGUUCAAGAAUCGGAGGGCGAAAUGGCGCAAGCGGGAACGCAACCAGCUCCACGAGUUGAAGAACGGUCUCGGUGCUGGUUUCAACGGUCUCAUGCAGCCUUUCGAUGACGGCCUCUACUCAGGCUACUCCUACAACAACUGGGCAGCAGCGAAAACCGCCAACCACCUCGGUACCAAGAGCUUCGCGUGGUCGUUGAACACGGUCAACCCGUUGUCGAUGACGAGCCAACAGAUGUGUUUCAACCCUCCGCCCACGACGCUCAGUUCGACUUUCUCCGCCGCCACCCCGGUCAACGGUGUCGGGCAACAGCUGAACUCUUUCAACAACGCCGCAGCUGCUGCGGCCGUGGGCGCCGCCAGCUACCCUUACGGGUCACCGCCUGGAGCGCCACCGUACAUGUAUCGUGAGCCCUGUUCCAACAGCAUUGCAUCACUGCGUCUAAAAGCCAAACAGCACCAUUCCUCCAACGUACCUGGUCUCAGUUAUCCAGUCCGCCAGAGCCCCACGCUUUCAGCUUGCCAAUACGCUGGUCUCAACGGUUCUACCACAUGAGACACCACCAAACAAUAGCACAAACUUUUAUCGAGAGAAUCUGAAAAAGAUAUUUGGAUGUCAACUCAACUUAUGCCAUGAAGUCGUAAACGAACUUCUAAACGACGUCGAUGGGCCUAGAGAGGCCGGCGGUUAUGAUUGCAUGCUGUUCAUUAUCGUAAAAACAUUGCAUCCAUUUUCAAAUCCAUGAUAUUGAUCAUUGGAUUUGUCAUCGAACUAUAUGAAGUUAUUGAUCGUCAGUGAAAAGUCUCACCUUGAAUCAAUGAUUUCUCUCGUUUUGUCACCUCGUUAUUUCAUUCAAAGCCAUAUAAAGGGCCCACCUCUAUUUAAAAAAAAAGUUUUUGUAUGUGCAUACAUGUGAUGCUUUAUUAUGUGUUAUUUCUUUUAUAUCAAUUGUGUUGAUAUUUAAGUAUUGUAUUUUUCAAAACAAAUAUUAAAGCCAAAAAUAUGCAAUAUAUUUUGUGGACAUUUAAAACCCCUACAAAUAUUUUAGGUAGCAUGUGUAUUGUUCCGAACGAUUAGGUAUCCACCUCCCUUUAUUUUGUAAACUCUCUUCCAUCUUCUUCACUUGAUCUCCGUUCUUCUAUGCCCCCCCCCCCCCCCCCGAUGAUCUCUUUCAUUUGUUUUGUUCUAAACUCUAGAACAUUGUUUUCAUUUUCUUCCAAAUACUAAGCUAUAAUGUAGGCUUACUAUUUCGCCGUGCUCACCUCUCUCUCUCUCUCUCUCUCUCUCUCUCUCUCUCUCUCUCUCCAUCUCUCUAUCUCUUUCUCUAUCCCCACCUCUCACGUCCUCACUAUCCUCCUCCUCCUCAUUCUCCCGAUGAUGUGAGGUCAUGAGUACUUUCGCUCAGCGGUGCAACCCUCUUCGCAAGUGUUUAUUUUUCGACUGUCAAUGUCAGACCGAUGACAAGUCAUCGUGUUUAAGGCUGCCGUCCUGACCCUCUUUCGUCAUCAAGGCAAGGUACGGUGGAGAGAGAGAGAGAAGGAGAAAUACGGAGAGGUUACAUGAUGGGGGAUGGGGAAGGGGUAAAUACAAAACACCAUCACCUUACCCAAUGCCUGCGUAGCGUGGGUUCAGCCAUUGUGGUUAGGGGCACUUGCAUCAUAGGGGAAGGGGGCCAGUUUGUACACUGCGGCUAUCAGGAUAGACAAAUUGCCAAUACAUCAUCACCAUACCAAAGCGGUCUGGAAUGGGUCCAGCCAUUAUGGGGGCCACUGGCAUCCCAAGUGAUCGGAUUUUCUACUUUCAAAAUUAAAAUAAUUAAGAAUAGGACUGGGGAUGACAAUAACAUUUAAAUUAAACAUGAUCACGUAGAGGUAAUUUUGUUUGAUAACGGUGUAACCUUUGGUUUCCUAAUUCUGCUCGAAAUGUGGAACUACUGUAAUCAGAUAAAAGGAAUGGUUCUUUAAUAUCAAUGGCGUCUGAAACGCGUUCCCUGCUCAGUUUCACUAAAUAUUUGCCAUAACUGUCAUUAGUAUGAAAACGAUCAGAUCAAAAGAGAUAACAUUUUACCCGGACAUUUCAUUACUCUGGAUACAGACAGAUGGUGACCCUUGCGAGUCAUUGGUUACAUCGCACAUACCCUCGCCCCAACCGAGUUUCAAUCGCAUUGUUGGUAUAUUUCGUUUUUUAUGUUCACAACUCUUCCCAUAUUUUAUCGAUAAAUAUAUGGAUUUGUUUCAACAAUAUGCUACCUUUGGCUAGUCACAGUAUUACAUUUAUUUUAUAAAAUUUACAUUUGGUAUUUUGCCUCCAAUGAGCUGUCACCAUUGUCACGCCUUUGGGCCCGUUUCCGACGGAG